AUGGCCUCCAGACCCCAAAGGGACGAGGCGUCACCCCAUGGCUAUGGGGCCGAGGAGGGUUAUGGGGCUGAGAAGGGUUAUGGGGUCAAGGAGGGUUACGGGGUCAAGGAGGGUUACGGGGUCAAGGAGGGUUAUGGGGUGAAGGAGGGUUAUGGGGCAAAGGGCUCAGCGGAUUCCUAUGGGGCCAAGACGGCCUCCAGACCCCAAAGGGAUGAGGCGUCACCCCAUGGCUAUGGGGCCGAGGAGGGUUACGGGGUCAAGGAGGGUCAUGGGGUCAAGGAAGGUCAUGGGGUCAAGGAGGGUUAUGGGGUCAAGGAAGGUCAUGGGGUCAAGGGAGGUUACGGGGUCAAGGAGGCUUAUGGGGUGAAGGAGGCUUAUGGGGCCGAGGAAGGUUAUGGGGCGAAGGCCUCAUCGGAUCCCUAUGGGGCCCAGACGCCCCCCAGCCCCCCCCGAGAGGUGGAAGUUCUCUUGGGGGCCGUCAGGGACGAAGGUUCCUAUUUCUUAGUUUACGGGGUCCCAGGUUUCGGGAAGGAUAACGAAAGUUUGAUCAGCAGAGAAGAAUUUUUAGGGGGGGUCCGGAUGGGGGUCCCCCAAGCCAACGAUUUGGCAGCCGAGGCCGUGAUCCUUCAUUACACCGAUUGGUUGGACGCCGACAACCCCGUCAAGAACAGGGAGGCGUUGGAUGACAUCGUGGGGGAUCACAACGUCGUCUGCCCCCUGAUGGCCUUCGCUCAGCGUUGGGCCCAAAAAGGGGGCAAAGUUUUCGCUUAUCUUUUCGACCAUCGUGCGUCGACGUUGUUGUGGCCGUCGUGGAUGGGGGUCCCGCAUGGCUACGAGAUCGAAUUCGUUUUCGGUCAACCUUUGGAUCCUAAGAAGAAUUAUACCAGGGAGGAGGUGGAGCUGAGCAGGAGGAUCAUGCGCUAUUGGGGGAACUUCGCCCGAACUGGGUAA